CCUAGUAUCUGCCUCACGUGUGUAUUGUGAUCUGCAAUGUAUUGUUAUAAACGCCGAACUUACUUGUAGUACAGAUUUAGCUAUAAUAACUUACUAUGGAAAAUAAUAUCAGUGAUAGUUUUAACAUUAGAGGUUUCAAAAAAUUAUUUUCUUUAGGCGUCUCUAAUGAGCUCAAACAUUUAGCUGAAAGGUUUUCCAAAGUGGAGAACUGGGACAAAGAUACAACAGAAUUAGCUUUGACGGAGCUUCAUAGAGCACUGUUGAACCCUGCACACACAAUACAUGUAGCACAGACAUUUCCUGAAAUAGUGUUGGUACUCCUGUCACUUCCUACUUGUGAACAUAUAAGAAAGUGUGUUGCCAUUGGGAAAUUGCUGGACGUACAUCCUGAUGCUUUGAAGUACAGUUUAAAAUAUUUUGAAAACAAUCCAGCACCUUGGGAAGAAAUCAAAGAUGUAGAAGAAAUACCCAAGAAAAAACGAAAAGAGGUUAUGGUUUCAGACAUUGAAAUUGUUGAAACUUGCUUUCGAUUUUUGAGAGCCUCGGCAAACCAUUUUAGAACUCUCUGGAAAUGGUCUGAGUUUACAAGGAAAUUUCUUCAGCAUGAAGACAAUCAUGUAAAGAGAUUGGCUUGUCAUUGCACAGCAAUCGUGACUGGUAUGGAUGAAGUCCAGCUGCGGACCAUGGUGUCUCGUUACUGUGACUUUCCAACUCAGGGGCAGGAAUGUGAUCCCCUGUUAAGUGGACCGCAGAUGUUGAAACUUAAAGGUACCUCCUCCAAUAUUACAAACCCCAACCUUAUAUCUUGUGAGAAAAUUUGUCCUUCAGUUGUGUCUGUGGCAGGAAUAUCUCUUCCAGUCUGUAAUCCGUCCCAGGCUACUGUAGGCUGCCUAGUGCCAGUACAGUCAAUGCUACACAACUUGCGGCAAGCAGCUCUCGGUGUGGCCAGUGGCAAAGCUGUGUGUCUUAUGGGAUCUGUGGGCAGUGGCAAGACUGCACUUGUUGACCAUCUGGCUCAACUUACAGGUCGAAGAGAGGUGCCACAUCUGUUGAAAGUCCAGUUAGGAGAUGAGACUGACGCCAAGAUGCUCCUGGGAGCCUACUGCUGUACUGACAUUCCGGGAGAGUUUGUGUGGCGUCCAGGCGUUCUUACACAGGCUGUGUUGGGGGGCCACUGGCUGCUGCUGGAGGACAUAGACAGUGCCACCAGUGAUGUGAUAGCUGUGCUAGCUAGCCUCCUGGAGACUGGAGCUAUCAAUGUGCCUGGCUACAGAGAUCACCUGCAAGCAGCUCCUGGGUUCCAGAUCUUUUUCACAUACAGAUUGAUGUCAAGUGCCAGUGGGCUGUAUAAGAAGAGAAGUAAUGUCUGUGAGCUGUUAGAGAAACACUGGAUGUUAGUGAACAUGGAACAUCUAACUUGUGAUGAGCUGGUACACAUCAUACAAGUCAAGUUCCCCGUGCUACAAACAGUGGCUUCGCGUAUGGUAGCUUUAUACCUCAAGUUCUCUGCUGGUGAUCAUGAUGGAACGGGUUCUCAUUCUGAUCUGGGUAGACUGACUUCCACCAGAGAUCUCAUGAAGUGGUGUGCACGGGCAGUAAUAGGCUUUGACGUAUCAUCUCCUGAGUCUGCUUUGAAAGUCUUGCAAGAUGCAAUAGAUAUAUUCUGCUGCAACAUCAAUAAUCCAGAAAACAGAGUUAUCCUAGCAAAGAGUGUCUCCUCAAACCUGGGCAUUGUCCAGACUAAAGCAGAAUACUUCUUGUCCAGCUACAAACCUCAGUCGAUCAAGCUCAUUGACAAGUCCUGCAUAGUCGGCAGGAUAUCGAUACCUAUAAAACAUCAAAACAGUAUGCCCAGGGAGGAUGUGGUAAGAUUUGCUCAGACACGUCCAGCCGCUUGCCUGCUAGAACGUGUAGCUGCCUGCCUGUCACUGCGAGAGCCUGUGUUGCUGGUAGGUGAGACAGGCACAGGCAAGACCUCCACUUUGCAGCUGCUAGCCCGCCACACCCGAAACACUCUGGUGGUGGUCAAUAUGAACCAGCAGAGUGACAGUGCUGAUUUGCUUGGAGGAUUUAAGCCUGUGGAUGUCAAGUUCAUCAUUGUCCCAAUACGCAAUGAGUUUGAGAGAUUGUUCCGGAGUUUCUUCAAAGUAGAGCAGAACUUGAAAUUCUUAGAACACAUUUCAAACUGUUUCACGGGCAAGCGUUGGACCCAGCUUCUACAACUGAUGAAGCACAGCCAGGCUGCAGCGGUCAAGCGGCUAUUGAGUGACCAGGAAAGGAACAAGAGCAGACUAGCCGAGUGGAGAGCAGUCGGAGAGAAGAUACAUAGACUGGAGACCCAACUGAAACAGAACCAGGCAGCUCUAGCAUUCACUUUUGUAGAGGGAACACUUGUGCGUGCUCUGAAAGAGGGAUGGUGGGUGUUACUGGAUGAGAUUAAUCUGGCGUCGGCAGAAACAUUGCAGUGUUUGUCUGGACUGCUGGAAAGCGGUAACAGUGGGAGUAUCCUCACAUUGGAGAAGGGGGACACAGAAGCAGUUCAGGUACACCCAGACUUCCGUCUUCUGGCUGCCAUGAACCCUGCUACGGAUGUUGGAAAGAAGGAUCUUCCCCCAGGCAUUCGUAACCGUUUCACGGAACUGUAUGUAGAUGAGCUGACAGACCGCACUGAUCUCGGCCUGCUAGUCAGCUGUUACUUGCCUGACCUGCCUCCCACCAGAGUUGACUCUAUAGUCAGGUUCUACCUGGACGUGCGCAGUGCAGCAAACACCAACCUGUGUGAUGCCACAGGUCACAAACCUCACUACAGCCUGCGAACCCUGUGCCGUGCCCUGGUCGUGGCUGCGGGUAACUCUUGUGGCAACAUGCAGCGUUCCCUACACACCGCUCUCUGUCUCAGCUUUCUCACCCAGCUGGACAACAAGUCGCAUGGCAUCGUACUGUCACUCAUUAACAGGGCUGUGGUGGAAGGAGGAGACAUCAAAAGCGUGCUGGGUCAGCCCAUACCCGAACCUGCUCCUCUCGGCAGUAAUGUAUGCUUUGAAGGCUAUUGGGUGAAGAAGGGCAAGCUGAAACCCACAAUACCUGAUAAUUACAUCCUGACACCCUGUGUUAGACGUAACCUUCAGGAUUUGUCUCGUAUUGUGUCGAUGAGCCAGUAUCCUGUUCUGAUACAAGGUGACACAUGUGUUGGCAAGACGAGUCUCAUCACGUUCCUGGCCGUCGCUACAGGCAAUCGCUGUGUGCGCAUCAACAACCACGAGCACACCGACCUGCAAGAGUACAUCGGUUCCUACUGUGCCGACCACACAGGCCAGCUCGUCUUCAGAGAGGGUGUGUUAGUUCAGGCGAUGAGGCAAGGACAUUGGAUCAUCCUUGAUGAGCUGAACCUGGCUCCCACCGAUGUCCUGGAGGCUCUUAACAGAGUUCUAGAUGAUAACAGGGAACUCUAUAUUCCGGAAACACAAGAGACUGUAAAAGCCAAUGCUGGUUUUAGGCUCUUUGCUACACAGAACCCUCCUGGGCUCUACGGCGGACGAAAGGUCCUAUCCAGGGCUUUCCGGAAUCGGUUUGUGGAGCUGCACUUCAAUGAGAUCCCUGGUCCAGAACUGGAGACAAUCCUUCACCAAAGGUGUGCAAUGCCAUUGUCGUAUUGCAAGAAGCUGAUCGCUAUCAUGAGUGAGCUCCAGUUGCACAGGAAGGGCAGUGCUGCAUUUGCUGGAAAACAGGGUUUCAUCACAUUGCGAGACUUGUUCCGUUGGGGUGAACGCUAUCGGCUAGCCUCUCAAAAACAAGGAAAGUUCUAUGACUGGGACCAGCAUAUCGCAGACGAGGGCUACCUGGUGUUAGCCGGGCGAGUUCGGAAGUCAGAGGAAAGUGAGACUAUCAGACGAGUCAUCGAGAAACACAUCAAGCGGAAGGUGGAGCCUGAAAGGCUAUUCAGCUUGUCGGAGCUCACCAGUCCGGUGACCAGGCACAUUCUGGAACGUGUGGUGGGGGGACAGCUCCCGCACGAGUUCCGACACAUUGUCUGGACUUUUAACCUCCGUCGAUUGGCUGUACUUGUGGGUAAAGCGUGUGAGUUCCAAGAAGCAGUGCUGCUGGUAGGUGAAACCGGUUGUGGCAAGACAACUGUGUGUCAGCUGUUGGCAAGCCUGAACAAGCAGCAGCUGUUUAGUGUCAACUGUCACCAGCACUCUGAGAGCUCAGACUUCCUGGGAGCACUACGUCCUGUCAGAGACCGUUCUAACCAGGAAAGUGCAGGACACCUGUUCGAGUGGGUGGACGGUCCACUGAUCCAAGCCAUGAGGGGUGGGCACAUCUUCCUAGCUGAUGAGAUAUCACUGGCAGAUGACAGUGUGUUGGAGAGACUCAAUUCACUUCUGGAGCCGGAAAGAACUCUGCUGUUGAGUGAGAAGGGAGCUGCUGAUGAGCAGUUCGUAGUUGCUGAAGAGAACUUCAGGUUUUUUGGUACCAUGAAUCCUGGUGGAGACUUUGGAAAAAAGGAGCUAUCACCUGCCUUAAGGAACAGGCUGACGGAGGUGUGGUGUGAGGGAAUCACUGAGCGAGUGGACUGGCUGAAUGUCAUAGAGCACAACAUUCGCGCAGGACUGUCACUCGGCAAUCAGCAAGAUGCCACCUCCGGAAUUGGCCCAGUCAUGCUGGACUUCAUUUACUGGUUCCGCCAAACCGAAAUUGGCAAAAGAGUAACAGUGAGUGUGCGUGAUGUCCUGACAUGGGUGAACUUCAUCAACACUUUGACCGCUGAAAACCUGGAUGUGGGCUCAGCGUAUGUUCACGGAGCUUGUCUCACUCUGGUCGAUGGGCUUGGCUCGGGUUCCACUGCUACUCUUGCUGAUAAAGCUGAAGUAGUGGCCAAGCUGCGGGAGGCAUGUUUGAAGUUUUUAGUCAGCCAGGUGGAGCACACAACGGCCGUGCACCAGGACCUUCGGCAAGCUUUCCUGUCCGACAUCACUCCUGAGGCAGUGACAACAGACCGCUGCUUCGGCAUCCCUCCCUUCUACAUCCCACUGGGUGAGCUAUCAAUUCCUGGGAAGGAUGAGUUCACUCUUGGAGCUAGAACCACGUGUCUCAAUGCUUGUCGUCUGCUGAGAGCAUUACAGUUGGCAGGUCGUGCCAUCUUGCUGGAGGGCAGUCCAGGUGUUGGCAAAACCAGUCUAGUAGCAGCAUUGGCUCGGGCAUCAGGCCACCCUCUGACCAGAAUAAACCUGUCGGACCAGACAGACGUGUCAGACCUGUUCGGGGCAGACUUGCCGGUGGAGGGAGCUGAAGGAGGCACCUUUGCUUGGCGUGACGGACCCUUCUUGCGAGCCCUGCGGCUUGGCCACUGGAUACUGCUAGACGAGCUUAAUCUGGCAUCACAGUCAGUACUGGAGGGUCUGAAUGCUGUCCUAGAUCACAGAGGAGAGCUGUACAUCCCUGAACUGGGACGUUCAUUCACCAUCCAGUCCGACAAAACCAGGUUGUUUGCGUGUCAGAACCCGCUUAGACAAGGCGGAGCUCGACGUGGUCUGCCCCAAUCUUUCCUGAAUCGUUUUACUCAGGUGUACAUGGAGCCUCUGACAGCAAAUGACCUUGAGUUCAUCACAAGGUCACUGUUCCCCACUUUGCCGUUGGAACUAGUGCAAGGCAUGGUCCGGUUCACAGUGCGGUUAGCGGAGCAGUGUGGAAGUGCAUGGGGACAGCGUGGAGCACCCUGGGAACUGAACCUGCGUGACUUGACACGUUGGGCCCAGACUAUGGGUGACCCCCCUCACCCUGAUAGGUUUGUUGGUGUGAUUUACGCUGACAGGAUGAGGACUGCAGCUGACAAACAACAGGUACUGAAGGUUUACAAUGAGGAGCUUGGAGACAGAUAUCCGCUGUCAGCAGAGCAGCCGGGUAUCGUAGUGACACCAAGUGAGGUGGUGUUCGGGGAGGUAGUGGUACCACGACAAUGUGGCUCAGAUGGUGAGGUCAACAUAGUGGACAGAGCCAGUGAGAACAUGGUGCUCCGUAGUCAGUUGGCGCCUCUGCGCUCGCUGGCCACCUGCGUAAACCACAACUGGCUGUCGAUUGUGGUUGGCAGCAGUGGCAGUGGGAAGACCAGUACUGUGCGUACGCUGGCCCAGCUCUGUGGGCGGAAGUUGCAGGUGCUCUCCGUCAACUCAGCCAUGGAUACCACAGAGAUCCUUGGAGGUUUUGAACAGGUACAUAUUUGAGAAGAAAAUCAGUCAGCCAACUGAAUUGAAAGACAUGAUGAAAUAAACAUCCGUUCCGUCCUUUUCAUCUUUAUUGGUGUAGAUUGUAGAAUAUUCAAAAUAUAUUUCUAUAAAUGUUGAAUUAACAGACUUUAAAGAAAUAUAUACACCUGUUAGGAACUUAAUUAUAAAUAUACACAACUUAUUUUGUCUAAAAAUAGAAAACUUAAACAAAGAAAUCCAAGCAACAUCCUGCAAUCAUAAAUAGUCAAACUAAGCUAUUUAAUUGUAAAAUGGCUCAAAUAUUGUAUAUAUAUAUUGUAGUAUAUAUAUUUUAACACAAAUAUUUUAUAGUAUUUUUUAUGUAUUAUACAAUGUUUGUA